UGACGUCACGAGUUUCGGUUUUAAAUCUCACCGAUGGGUAAAACUUCGCAGAACUCAAGUCCUGAAGUUAAACAGAAGUUAAUAAAUCUGAAAGAUGGAGUUCCCAGUCGAAGCUACAAUCCUCGUGGACCACUUCCAGGACCAGCAGGAGGUCCAGAGGCUCCUCAGGUCUCAUGGUUUCACGGUGCAGGAUCUGGGCCGGGGUCAGGUUCAGAUCCAGGGUCACUUUGAGCACCUGAGAGACCUGAAGGUCCGCUUGGAGCAGCUGCUAGCUUCUGAACGUGCUGCUGGAGGAGCAGCUUCAUCAUCCUCACUGAGACAUCAGGACCACAGACCCCCCUGGUCUGGGGCAUCAUCCUCACUGAGACAUCAGGACCACAGACCCCCCUGGUCUGGGGCAUCAUCCUCACUGAGACAUCAGGACCACAGACCCCCCUGGUCCGGGGCCCGGCGAGUGUCCCGAGGCGAGUGGACCAUGGUGGACAGCGAUGUGUUCAGGUACGCCCGGCAGCUCGGGAACAAAGAGCUGCGGGACCUCCUGAGCCGCUCGGACCUGCAGACCAGGACCAGCGAGGACGGUCUGAGCACCGGCAUCAGGUUUCUGGGGACCAGGACCAUGGUGGGCCCGCUGCAGAACCUCCUGGAUGAUCUGAACACGUCUCUGAGGACUCAGGAAGUCCCUCUGAGGGACCUGGACCAGCAGGGACGGGUUCUCCUGAGGAGGAUUCAGGAGAAACGGAACGUCUCAGAGUCGGUCCUGGUCUGUGAGCUGGAGGACCGGAUCCACCUCAUCGGUCCGUCCAAAGACAGCUGGGAGCUGAAGCAAAGGCUGCUGGGAAGACCCGUCCACCAAUCAGGAGCCAGAGGACGGAGGGACAGAGACACCUCCAGGUGGAGGAGCAGCUCCAUGGGUCCAGCUGCAGGGUUCUCCCCAUCUGGACCUGAUCCAGGUAGACCUCAGAGGACACAGAGUCUCUCCCGGUCCUGGGACACGGGGCGACCAAAACAGCCGAGACAGAAAGAGAAGAGAAGCUGCUCCGUCUUAUAAACACAAACAUUUUCCUUUAAGAUCAGAAAAAUUUCCAGAUUCUGCAAGAAGACUUUAAAUUAAAUGAACUGAUGUAAACGAAGGAAACAAUCUGUUUAUCUGUGGCGGCCAUCUUGAAUCAAUUAACUCUAAAAGUUAAUUAUCGUUCUUCAGCCUUCAGCAUCACAAACACUGAGCCUCUGUUUGACUGUUAAUUUAAUUAAAUUAAAUUAGAGAAA